AUGCUCGGUCGGCUUCUUGUCUACGCGGCGUGGGUGCUCUCGGUGCUUGCAGCGGAGGCAAACACUACGUUUGCCGCCAGCUCCAACUCGCACGACGCCGUGAUUACGACGCCACGACCAACGACGGCAGUGCUGUCAACGCCAACGACGACCGCGCCGUCGACACCAACGGUCACGCCGUCGACACCAACGGUCACGCCGUCGACACCAACGGUCACGCCGUCGACACCAACAGCCACACCUUCGACGCUGCCACGAACGACAGAGGCCAUCAUCACAGCACCGCCCGCAACAACCACGACACCGACGGCACGAGCGACGCCAGCUCCGACUACGGAAGCACCCCGGCCAACAACGCCUGCAUUGACGACAGCUGUACCAUCCCAGGUCCCGACCAAAACACCCGAGCCGACGACGACUAGACCAACGACCAUGCCUUCGACAACGACACCGCGCACGGUCGCUGUCGUUCAGACGGAGUCAGCGCCAAGCACCACACCUCUCGCGCAGACCGAAGCGGUUGCCAUCACGACGACCGCAGACAUGAUGCACCCUGGUUCCUCGACCUCGGCUACACCUGCCGCCACGAGCUCGACACCAUCGCCCGAAAACACGGGCAGCAACAAGCAAGCGGGGACGUCAUCCGCGGCACCAACGAGUCCGCUGCGAUUUGCAUCUGCCGACGGCGCGCAAAAAGAAAACAACGACGACGACGACGAUCUUCGGACGCCGCCGACGCUCCUCAGCUUCAAGUCGUCGUCGGCGUCGUCGGCGCCAACGUGCUUGGCGUCGCAGCUGCCAUUGACAACGCCCAAGAGCCUACCCGACGCGCGCUUUGAGUACGAGCCGUCGUACGCUUUGGAGGCCUUUCACCGCGAACUCGACCCGUUUGAGAUGGAGACCGAGUCAUAUGGCAAUGACUCCAAGCCCGACUACGCCGAGUUUCUCAUGCUGGAGCAGACGCCGCGGAGCUCGAGCCAGUCCGAGACGUUGUAUGCAGCGAGCUCGCCCCGUAGUUCGAACGAGUCGAUCUUCCUUCCGACGCAAAACGAGUGGAUUGACGCCAUGGACCGCGAUUCGCGUCUCGACGACGACGAGCUCGACGAUGCGCGGAGUACGACCGGGUCGACCGUUCGCCGACACAACGAACCUGCAUCGCCCACCGUUGCAAGUAGCUACACAGUCUAG